AGAAGUAUGAAAAGAAAAAGCCUUGUUUGCUUUCGUUUUCUUUAUUUAAUGUUUCACAUGGCUCGAAAUUCUAGUUUUAUGGGAAACCAGGGUACCUAAAAUCAAGAUGAAAAGAACCGGUGCGUUAACCGUAGCUUUGUGAAUGCGUCUUGAUUUUGGCUUAUACCAAACAAAUUGAACAUAACCAAGAAGUUUGUCGCUCAUCAUUUGUCAAUAAGCUUAACUUUCUUUAUAAUGUUUAUAAGUUAGUUUUAUUCUUUUAUUUUCAACCACUCAGAAGCAUAUAUGUCGCCUCUUCAACACUAAAGGAAUUGUAUUUCUUUAAAGAUCAUGAGGUCUUCUAAUAUUGAUAGUCGUAACGUGAAGAGAGGGGCAUGUAAGGAUUGUGAUUGUGACGCUUUUGAAUAUGUUAAAGAGAGAGGACAAGCCUGCGAUUAUUGCCAAUGUCCUCCUACAAAGCAUCAGAGACUAGAUACAGUUCAAUCCCCAUCGGCAGCUAAUGUCAUAUACCACGCGCCAAAUAUUGUGCAGCCUCGGACCGACCCAUUGUCUGACAUAUGCAAUGUUUCUAUACGCGUGGAUGACCCGGAACUGUUGUCAUUGAUAUCUUCCACGAGUUCAAAUGAGCAACUUAAAAAUUCACUAGAACCAUCCACCAGUAGUCAAAGACCUGAUCCUCAGCUCACUCAACUCUCUGAUAUUAGACGGGGCAUUUCUUCUCGGGGACCACUUCUACAAAAUGAAGUUGAGAAGUUACGAGCCUGCAUUCCAGACUCGUGGGGAAAGACGUUGCAAGCCCGAUUGAAUGACGGUAGUGUGACACAAAACGACAAAAAUGCUAUGCUUAGACAAGUGUGUCAUGAAAUGGAAGAAGCAGAUAUGACAGCACCUAUUUACGUGAAACACAUUGCGGUUUUGUUUGUACAAAAAUAUCCUAUGUUCAAUGGUCGGUUUGGCUCGCUGCAUACGAGUGUGGAAAACAGUAUCAGGGCUUGCCUCAAGAAUCGAAGAAGGGCUACGAGAAAAAUCGAGGCAAGAAAUAAACAAUGUGCCCAAAUGAUAAGCGAAUUGGACACAACGAGUAUCAUUGAUACCAAGAGUGACUCUAUUUUUACUGAUGUUAAGGAGAUGCUGAACAAAACUCGAGUUGACAGAAAACAGGAAGCACCAAAACUAACAGCAUCCGAGUUUUUAGCAAAAUAUUCUUCUUUACAAAGCAAAGAUAUGUUGUUGUGGGAAUUUGGUCAGUUGGUGAAUAUUCCUCACUGGAAGCUGAUGAGUAAUUGGAGAGAAGCAUUGGAAAGAAUCAAGAAAGCCAAGUGGUUUCCCGAAUUAGAAUAUGCAGAUGAGAAUAUUUUGAGUGUUGACCUUCUACUCAAGCUACCAAGUCAUUUAAAAGGGAGGGUUGGCAAAUGUUUACUCAGAGUUUAUCCGAAAGAUACACCAGCCGAAAGUGUUACCCUGAGUAAAACGAGGGUCCCACAGUUAGUAGCGAUAGGAAAUCCGAAAUCGCCGGACUUGACGAUAACAUGCUACGUGGACGACGUACCUGUUUUCACCGCCCUUGCUGCCGAAGCAAUUGUCCUUCUGAUAGCAGUUCACUGGAUUUUUGGUAUAAACUUCUGCACCAUUUUCAAACAACAGUGCAUCUUCUUUUCAGCAGCCAUCUUCGCCGAAAGCAGUGGAGAACUUAUCCGAAAUGAGUUACUUAAUUACAAAAGUAUCAUCCAUAUGAUGGAAUCGCUGAAUAUUCUCCCCAAGGAAUAAUCUUAAAGUAAGAUUUCUUCUUUUCGGGAAUAAAAUGUGGAUGCAGUCAGUUAUUUUCAGUUAGUAUUGAAUAAUGAAAACAGUUUCUGUUACUUUUGUUUAUAAUUUGGAACCAGAACUGAUGAGCCGAUGAGAAUAUUACACUAGAUUACUAUUUUGUUGUAUUAGUUGAAAGAAAAUGGACAUUUUUAGUGGGCACGACUUUGUUUCAAAAGAUAUUUUUACGAUUGUUUGUUUCGCCCACGAACUAUUCGAGUUGAUCCGUGAUUUUAGGUAAGGGAAUUUGCUCCUUGCGAUUUAUGAUAGGCUGUUUGUUAUUAGUAAGUAAUGUUUAUUAAUAAAGAGAUUUAUUGUAAAAAUGCAGUACGUCUGCAGAAUAUUUUACUGGAGAAGUUA